UACUACAAAGCUGUUGAUAUUAAACGCAUCUAAAUAAAUAAAAUCAUGUUUAGAUUGUCAGUCUUAGUUCUGAACUUACUCCUUGUUAGCCAUGAAUUCUCGGCAGGAACCGCGAAAAUUGAAAUUCAGCCAUUACCUGCCCUAUGCAACGGAUACUGCUUCCCCACCCUGAAGCCAGUUAUGGAGUAUGUUGCUAUCCACCAGGACAAAUGGAAUACUUGUACGGAAAUAUUAGCGAACGAAGCCCGCAAGGAUCAGAUCCAGUUGAAUAUCCAGCUGGAUGCCUUGAAAGCAGACGUUUCCAACAUAAAGGCAUCGCAGCUGUCAAAGGAUGAGAAGCUGGACAGGAUGGAGCGAGAGCAGUUUGCCAUGCAUGAAUCUUUGGAGACCAUCAAUCGGUAUCUUACAGUGAAACUGGACAGAACGAAAUUGCAGCUUGAGGCGAUCAAAAACACAAUGGAUUAUAUGAAGGCCCAAAUGGAUGGCUAUUUCUCAGCCAUAAAUGGAGUUCAAUGCCUACAGCCAGGAUUUGAGAAGAUAGGCGAUAGAUAUUUUUACAUCGAAGAAGAUGUUGAGCUAAAUUGGCUGGAUGCUCAGGCCAAAUGUCGUCGAAUGGGAGGUCACCUAGCCUCUAUAAAAACUAAACAGGAGUUUGACGCAAUCGUAGAGAAGCUCGAUGAUUCGAAAUCAUACUUCCUGGGCGUCAACGAAAACACAAAAACCGGUGACUUUGUGUCUGCAGCCUCCGGAAAAAGUUGUUUGUAUCACGAGUGGGGUCCUGGUGAACCCCAUCACAAUAAUGACCAAGAGCGAUGCGUUUCAAUCUUGCGAAAACUCAUGCAUGUGGGCAAUUGUACUUAUGAAAAAAGAUUCAUAUGCCAGUAUGGCAUCUAGCCAGUUAAAAACCAAAAAAAAUCAAAUCAUUGUGCAUUUUGAAGAUUUUGAAAAUAAAACAAACACUUUCCAUUGUUUGU